UGCUCCGCGCGAUGGCUCCUGGGAAUUGUGGUUCCCGACCAGGCCCCGCCUCUGGCUCUGCGGCGCCGACGCGCGCUCUUGGACCCGAGAGGGCCUGCGCUCGCGCGUGCGGCCGCCCCGGGCAAGUGCCCUGCGGGCUGGGUCAGCGGCCGGCCGCGUCCGGUGCGCCGGCGAACUACGAACCACGGGAAAGCUCUUCGUCUCAGGGCUACCGCCGUCCUUCCCGCUUCCAGGCGGCAGACGUGGUCCUCCCCGCAUCCAGGAAGUCGCCAAGCCCCGAGCGUCUCUCAGAAGCCCUUCGAGGUCCCGGAAAAGCAGUCCUUUCUUCCCGGUGCCGGCUUAACCGCUUUGGCCCGUGCUCACCACCGUUGGCUGUGUUCACUGCGGAGACCAAAGAAGCUUGGAGAGCCCCAGGGGCAGAAGAUCCCUCCUUUAACACCUUUGCCGUACCCUUGACGUCCAUCCACAGCUUUGCUGAUGACCUCGGCUACCAAGGGAGCCAGGAGCUGACCAGUUGUUCAAUGGCCUUUUCCAGAGGCUACAUGACAUGUGACAUUGCAAUGGACCGAACGCAGAAGCUGAGCUGCGAGUCCAGCCGUCCUGCAGUAAAGAAGUCUGCAAACAUUAAAACAAGGCCACUCUCUGCUCAAGUUUUGUUUUAGGAAAUUGAAGCUAUUUUUUAAAAGAAUAUGCUGUUUAUGUGAACAUGUAGUUGAUUUACUCUUAUUUUAAGAUGAAUUAAUAAACAUUCCUUACGUUUCUCAGUCUUAAUUUCAGAUGCAGUGAAUACUGAUAGAUCUAACCCAAAGAAACAAAAGCUCUUUGGGGUCCUCAGUAAUUCUUAAGCGUCUAAGGUGGUCCUGAGGCCAAAAUGAUCAAGAACCGCUGCUUUAUUAUGUCGCCUCCAGUCUGAAAACAUGGAAGCUAAGACUCAGAAAGGUGGAGCAACUCACUUAAACCCGCACCACUAAAGACGGUGGCCAAGUAUAUGAACCCCAGUUUGCUGACGCCAAAUCUCCCUUCCUCCAACUGUUCCAGCGGCUCCUACGGCCUAGUGUGGAUCAGAAUUAGCCAGAGGGCUUGUCAGAAGCCUUUCUCAGCUACUGGAUUUUUUUUUUUAACCAGGUGCAUGCAUUACUUUGAUGUAUAUUUUUAAUUAAAUACUUAAAAAAAUAAUUUAAAAUAAGUAAGUU